UGUACCUACAGAGCCCGCAAGAUUCAACCCCCCUCCUCUACGCUACAACCACAUUUUCGUCUCACACGGGCAUUGUUUUCUUCUCGCCAUCGCCCUCGCCAGUACCAGCUAUGGGAGACCUGAAGGCUGACCUUGAAUCUGCCAAGCGGGCACGGGAGGCGCUUGAGAGUGAGGUUGCAAGGCUGCGAGACGAUCUCAAACACGCCGAUGAAAAACAGAAAGAACUCGAGAGAUGCAUCACCGAGGGGCAGGACAACGCCGCGGCCAUGGCCUUCAGGAACGAGUCGCUCACGCGACAGCUCGAAGAGGGGCGAUGGGAAAUGGGGGCUGCCAAUAUGGAAGUCGCCAGACUGAGGGCGGACAACGACACGCUGAAUCGUCAGUUCCUGGACGCGCAGAAACACAGCAGUGACGCGGCCGUCAACGCAAACCGCGCAUGGGGGUUGGUCAACGAGCGCGACAGAGAACUCGCCUUCCUGCGCGGAUAUGUCGCCUACCUCGAGCAAACCUCGGCCGGUAGCAGAGAAGCAUCCCAAGCCGCAUUCAGCAACAUGGAAGCCUUCUACCGUAACCGACUAAGCUUCAUGGGCUCAAAGAACCAAGAACUUCAGGCCAAUCUCGGCAAGCUCUACCAGUUUUUCCGGAAGGCCAAUCUCGAAGAAGUGUCGAAAAGCAACGAGGCAACUGCACAGCUCACAAAGGCCCGUGCCGAUGUGAUCGCCGUCCAGCAGCACCUGUUCACCCUCCGGCAGAGACUUGCAUUCAAGAACGAAGAGCUCAAAGCUGCCAAGAGUACGUCAGAGAAACUGGCCAGCAGCCGCGACGAGCUCAGGGAAAUGAUGGCGGCCAUGCAGGAGAAAGACGAGGAGACGGCCAGGAACAAGGAGAAGAACCGGGCCAAGGCCAAGAAGGAGCGGUCCGCAGCCCAGGAGCGAACGAAGGUGGAGCUCGAGCGCCUCGAGAGCAAGAUUCAAGAGCAGGAGGAAGAUGUGCGGGAGCGGCAGGCGACCCAGGAAAAGCUCGAGGGCGAGUUGAACGCUGAGAUGGCGCGCCAGGAGGAGCUCAAGACAGCCCUGAAGGUGGCCGAGAGCGAGGCCGCCCGCUACAAGGAUAUCGCCGAGGGCCUGCAGCGCCAGAAGGAACUGUGGAUGAAGAUGGACGAAAACGACGCCCUCUGGAAGGCCAACGCCAAGCUGAAUGGCUACAGCUUUGGCAGCGCGCACAUCAUACUCGAGCAGCUUGGGCGCAACAAGGGCUUCCUCUUUGUCCGCAUUCUCGAGGGUGUGCACGAGCGCCUGCAAAAAGCAAUGGAAGCAGGAAGCACGCGUGAGGCGAACGACGCCGUCGACAAUAUUACAAUCUUCCUGGAGGCUGCCGUGGACCGGAUCAAUGACUACGUGUCCCUGGUGAUCCAUGACAUGACGGCCAUCAUGGCCAUGAUCACGGAUAUCAACAAGUUCAUGCCCAUCAAGAUCGACAACAGGAGAGACAUAACCCAGAUGCAUCGCAUGUGCCAAGGGGUGCGGGCCCUCAAGGACGAUGUGGUGCCGCUACUCGAAGACGGGAAGAAAAUUAUCGAAAGAAGGGGUUGGGCUGGGGCUGUGGUUGGGGGUCCAAUGCUGGAGUCUUCAAAGCCCCGGCCACUUCUCACGGACGGCAGCUCCCUGGAGACUUUCACAACGGUGCAGUCGGUUCUGGAGGCGCCGCCGCAGGCCACCAGGCAGCUGGUGGACCGUCUGGUACAGCCGGGGGGGGGGCGGUUGGUCCUAAACCCAACGACACAGCUGGGGAUGAUCGGCGAUUUUAUAACCACACUUUUCGGUUCGAAGAAGUCUUAAGGCGAGUCUCUAGGGAUGCCCGGGUCAUGCUGAGGCAUCCCGGCUCUAUUUCAACCCUCUGGCAGUCUGCCUUCGACAUGAUGCAGUUGAGAAGC